ACAGAUUGUGGCAAAGGCCUUGGAGAAGUUGUACUGCAGCGAUUACGAUCGCGAGAUGGGGACCGUGAAGCACUGUGGCGACAAUGCCGCGCACGAACAACAGGCCAGAGCCCAGGCAGCAGGACAGCGCCUAAGCAACCAGACCUAUUACAAGCAAACUACUCGCAGGGCUGGCAUCUCCGCACAGACUUCUGAGUUGGACAUGGAUGCGAAAUUCAGAGACCAUACCAAUGCCCCCGCACAAAGCGAUCUGGACAACGAACACGACCUCAUGGCCGAAGUGUGGAAGCUUCUCAGGGCUGGCCAGCUGAGUGUUGCGCAAGACGUAUGUGGGUGUAUGAGAUACUUUGACAUCUAUAUGAGAAUGUGCAAAUAG